CGGCGGCUCCGGGAUGGUGGCUGCGCUGGCGGGUGGGCUGCAGCAGCAACAUCGCCAGCAAGCGAGGGGCAGCGGCAGGCGGGCGUCGCGGCGGGGCGCCUUCCCGGGGCUAAGGAGCAGCUGAACGCCUCUUCCGACUGACCGGCUCCAAAGGGAUAAAACGGCAGCCUGUGGUUGGUCUUCGUCAGGAGGCAGCCAUGUCGAUCAUGGACCACAGCCCGACCACCGGCGUGGUGACGGUCAUCGUCAUCCUGAUCGCUAUUGCUGCUCUGGGCGCUCUGAUCCUGGGCUGCUGGUGUUACCUGCGCCUGCAGAGGAUCAGCCAGUCGGAGGACGAGGAGAGCAUCGUCGGCGAGGGAGAGACCAAGGAGCCUUUCCUCCUGGUGCAGUACUCUGCCCGCGGGCCGGGCACGGAGAGGAAAGCCAAGCUGACGCCAAAUGGCACCGAGGCUCACAGCUAACUGGCUGUCUGGGGAAAGGGAAGGGGGUCCGCGUGGCCGGGCCUGGGAACUGGUACUGUGAAGCAAACCUCGCCCCGGAAUGAGAGGUUUGUCCUGUGGCUGUGUAUGCACUGAGGACGAUUUCCUCUCCGGCCCUUGCCGCAUCGCCUCCUUUUUUGGCACAAGGUCCAUUGCCGGCGAUGGACAGUUGGGGGACACGGGGGUGCGUCGGGAAAGGGGAACGGCAAGCGCUCGGCCUGUUACUUGAAUUAUUCCACUGAGCCUCUUCGGAACGGAGCUACUGACGUAAUGUGAACUUCCAACUGUGAACUGGGCGUGUACAUAGGCAGCAACCUCUGCACGGAAUGGGACGGAUGCGCUUUUGCCGGGGGGGGGCAGCACUCCCGGAUUUCGGGAAGACGCAUGGCCGCCGAUGGGAUUUCUCCAAAGCCAAACUGGGUGGGUGGGUGGGUGGGGGGAGGGUUGGGAAGCGGGGAGAGGGUUUCUUUUACACUUGCUGCUUUUGGGGGGGAGGAGGGUGUUGCAGCUGUGUUUUAAGUUGUUUUUUUUAAAAAAAUGCUUCAAUUUCCUUCAAAAAAUAUAUAUGCUAAAAAAAAUCAACAAUCCAUUAAGGCCCAAGAUUCCCUUUCCAAGCCUGCUUGCCACCCCCACCCCUCGGGUCUCAACAGUCUUCCGGUGAUAAAAGGAUGCUUCACUUCCUCCAUCGUGGCUCCUGGUGGGACCUUGCUAGAUUCUAUGUUUCCCAGCACAAAUAAGGAAGUGUUGUUCUCCUUGGCAGGCAGGAUCUCCUGCUCAAUUAUUUCCCUCAAGGCCUUUGAGGGUAGGUGUGAUAGGAAGAAGGUGUCUCCCUUAGUUAACUAGCGUUUGACCUUCAGGGUCAAAGAGGCCGUUCUUGGAAUCGCCUGCUUGUUCAUUGACGAGCAUCCCUUCCGAGUCAUAGUGCUUGUUGCAGCUGUUGUUGAAGUGGGAAGCGGGUUUUUGCUGGACUUGGGGGGGGGGGCUGCUCAAAAACUCCUGGAAUGCAGGUUGGGUUUGCUUUUUUGUUUUGUUUUUUAAAUGUGUUUUUAAGUAGGGGGCCAAAGCAAAAAGGUGCAAGGAAAGAAAUGUGCUUUUUGGUGGCGCUGUGACCGAUCGUGGUGACGUCGAGUGCUCUGCAAGCGUAGUGGCCGUCAGGAAGCUGCCAUAUCUAACCAAGUCCGAAGCAAGCAGCUAAUGACAGCUGUGUUUUC